UUUUGGUAACGACAAGGUCGUACUGAUAAACUAGUCACGUCUGUUCAUGGGAUAGGAUUGGAGAUUUUCCGAACUACAACGUUUUUGGUUUUGAAUGUUUUAAGACAAAGUAACUUUGCUCCUUCGCGGAAAGUGUUAAAUAAAAUGUCCUGCGCCGAAGAAGAACUAGGCCAGCUGCAUGCUGGAGGGAAGCCUAGAACCGAACCCAAGGUGUCGAAGGUAUCCUUCCUUCGGCGCCGAAUCAACAUUUUGAGCUGGAUCACGAAAUACGAUAGAGAGGAUUUGGUCUCGGAUUUUAUCGCGGGUCUUACGCUCGGGCUAACAAUUAUACCACAAAGUAUUGCUUACGCGGCCAUUGCAGGACUUCCGUCCCAGUACGGGCUUUAUGCCGCUUUCAUGGGUUCGCUCGUAUACGUCAUCUUCGGUUCGGUGAAGGAGGUAUCCAUCGGUCCGACAAGUUUAAUGGCUCUACUCACCUUCCAGUACACGGCAGACAAACCCAUCGAAUUCAUCAUUGUGCUGGCGUUCCUAGCGGGUGUGAUGGAGCUACUAAUGGGUAUCCUGAAACUAGGUUUCCUGGUUAGCUUCAUCCCACUUCCGGUUACAUCGGCCUUCACCUCGGCCACCUCUCUUAUUAUCAUCGGAACCCAACUGAAGCAUCUGUUCGGAAUUACACUGAACACAAACGGAUUCUUUCCAACAAUUUUCAGUUUGACGGAGAAGAUCAUCCACUUUAGGGUCGGAGAUCUACUGUUGGGAACACUAGCCAUCGUCUUUCUACUCUCAAUUCGAUGGAUUGCGCAAAUCCCUAUCAAGGAGAACACCCCGCAGAAAAAGAUCUUGAAAAAAUUUCUCUGGUACUUCGGCCUAUCGAGAAACGCCCUGAUCGUAUUGAUAUCCUCGACGAUCGCGUACAGCUGGAGUUCUUCAGACACGGGGAUACCUUUCAAAUUGUCUGGUCAUGUCAAAGCAGGAAUCCCCCAGUUCGAGCUGCCAAUAUACAGUGUCAAUACUGGAAAUGAAACCAUUACCUACUUUGAAGUCGUGAAAGAACUGGGCAGCGCUAUCGUUGUGGUACCCCUCGUUGCAAUCCUGGCGAAUGUGUCCAUCGCGAAGGCGUUUAGCGCUGGAAAAAUCGUUGAUGCUUCCCAGGAAAUGAUUGCACUGGGACUGUGUAAUAUUUUCGGAUCGUGCUUUCAAUCGAUGCCCACAUGCGGAGCUUUCACACGCUCGGCAGUAAGUCACUCCAGUGGAGUUCGAACGCCACUGGCCGGACUAUACUCCGCGAUCCUGACACUGCUGGCGUUAAGUCUGUUGACGCCCUAUUUCUACUUCAUUCCCAAAACAACCCUGGCGGCAGUUUUGAUAUGUUCGGUGAUGUUUAUGAUCGAUUUCAAAAUUGUCGAUACCCUGCGGCGAACCUCCCGGAUUGACACCCUUGCCUGGUUUGGCUGUUUCAGUGUAAGUUUACUUGCAGGCGUGGAGAUCGGUCUCCUCUUUGGAGUUUUCAUUAGCCUGAUCGGUCUGCUGAAGGUUUGGGUACGACCAGCCAUUCUGAUGGACACUGUAGACCAGCAAGGAGGUCGUUAUUUGAAGCUCAAACCAGAGACGGGAAUAUAUUUCCCGGUUGUGGAUUUUCUAAGAACUAAGGUUAUCAAGGUCUGCAAUGGACAGCAGAUCCCUGUGGUGAUCGACUGCUCGUCGGUGGUCGGUUUUGAUCAUACGUCAAUCGAAGGACUUAUGGAGCUGGCGAAGGAAUUGAGGGGGAUGAAUCAGAGGUUGAUUUUUCUUAACAUUGCACCUGCGCUGAAGGAGAGAUUGCAGGGAGGUGAACCGAACAGUGUAUUCAUCUUCUGGGAAGACGAACAAAGUGUUGCGCUGAAUAUAGAAAGCCUGCGGGACAACUAG